CAACAACACACCUUUUCUCUUCUCUCUUCUUCUUCUUCUUCUUCUCCGAUCAAUCUAGGGUUUUAAACUUCUCACCGGCGACGAACGAAACGUAACGAUGAUUCACCUCCUUUACUCAGUGAUCUUCUCGGAAAUGGCGUUGAUUCUUCUCCUCCUCUUCAAAACGCCUCUCCGGAAGCUAAUCAUCCUCACCUUCGACAAAAUCAAACGCGGCCGUGGUCCCGUCGUCGUGAAAACCAUCGGAACCACCGUGUUCGUCGUUCUACUGUCUAGCGUUUACAGUUUGGUUAAUAUCCAACGCCGAUCUGAAGAUGGUGCUGUUCUUAAUCCUACUGAUCAAGUCCUCGCUUCUAAGCAUCUUCUCGAAGCUUCUCUUAUGGGAUUUGUGCUGUUCCUCUCUCUUAUGAUUGAUCGACUUCACCAUUACAUCAGAGAGCUUAGGUUGUUAAGGAAGACAAUGGAGACUGCAAAGAAACAGAACAGAGGUUUCGAGGAUGGGAAAACCACAAGCGGGGAGGAAGUGAAAGCUCUCGGGGAAGAAAUCGUAGCGUUAAAGACGAAGAUCAAGACAUUAGAAUCGGAAAGCGAAAGCAAAGGCAAAGAACUGAAAGGAGCAAAAGGUGAAACAGAGGCAUUGAGAAAGCAAGCAGAUGGGUUUCUUCUAGAGUACGAUAGGCUUCUUGAAGAUAAUCAGAAUUUGAGGAACCAGUUGGAGUCUAUUGGCCAUAGUCCAGAUGGAAAGAAGAGUACGUAAAACUAAGGAUUCUUGUUUUUGUAGAGAGAACAAAGUAACUUUAGUAAAUGUGGCUUUGCUGAUUUUUGCUUUUAUGUUUUUAUGCUAUAACGUCUCUCAUCUUUGAAUGUAUUUUAUCUACUAUGUUAUAUAUCACAAUCUAGUAACUUUGUUACAACAUGA